CUCGACAUGCAAUGUGUAUAGAUGUUUCUGCAUUACCGAGGAUAAAUCAGCGAAACCACUUAGGGAGCUUACGAUCACUUGAUAAAUAUCUUUUAUUGUGCAGUUGAUUAUUAUCCUUAAAAUGCUAGUCUUGUGUCUGUAUAUUGUGGUUAUCUUCGUUGAACAAGUACCUACAGUUGUGUCGAACCAGCAGCAUCACUGUCCAGGUUAUACUGUAGUUCAAAAUUUCGGCCCAGAUGCGGUCCCAAAUUUGACUCAAAAUCACACAAGGGGAGCACCGGGUAAAGUUGGAAAAAAAGGACCGAAAGGAGAUAUUGGGGAAAAGGGAGCUAAGGGUGAAGCCGGGAUUACUCCACAUUACAAUGAAAUCGGGAUAUUGAAGCGGCAAGUUGCGCAACUUAUGAACCGAAUAGAUAUGAUGGGAAUUCAACAUAAAUCCUGUGAACAUGUGAAUGGCACAGAGGUUGACUCUGGGUUAUAUCAGAUUAAACCAGGGUCACGACCAUUUGUAGCACAUUGCAGCUUUAACGAAACGCAUCGUUUCACUCGCAUAGGGCAUGACGCCGAAAGUGAAAUUCAGGUGUCGUCAUGCGAAGACCCACUCUGCUACAGUCGCAACAUUGCUUAUGAAGUUUCCAUGGCACAGAUUGUUGCUUUGAUAUCGGUCUCACGACACUGUAGACAAUUUGUUAAGUAUCGAUGCAGAGGUUCAGUUCUCAACUCGGGAACUCCUUUUGCCGGUUGGAAGUCACGUGACGGAUUAAAUCAACACAACUGGGGAGGCACCUCAAGAACUGGAUGGUGUGCCUGCGGUGAAACAGGGACAUGUCUAGAUAGAACGAAGAAGUGUAAUUGUGACGACAACUCGUCAAGCACAGCGGAUGAGGGUUAUUUGACAAACAAGGCAUUAUUGCCGGUUACUGCAGUCAUGUUUGGGGAUGCAACAGCUCCAAGCGAAGCAGGCUGGCAUACUGUUGGUCCUUUGGAAUGCUGGGGACGAAAUUAAACAUUUCAUUUGCACAUUGCUCACGUUUUUCAUAUCGAAUUUAAACUGUACAGUUGUCUUGCUGCUGGUGCCUCAUAUCGUAGUAGUACUAACGUUGACUCGUAAAUUAAUAAGUUUUAAAGUACAACAAUCAUUUAUUAGAUACUUUAAACAUAAGAUGCAACUAACCAGCAUCUGUAUUCUUGUUGUGAACCAAAUAAUAUAACUGUUUGCCACUUUUC